CCAUGAACGGGAAACUCCUCACACUUGGCCUACUGAUCUUCACAGUGAUGACAGCUGAGAGCCUACAUGCCCAGAAGUCAGAUGCGGAGGGCCGAACAACAACGUCGCAUGUUUUAUUGGUAUUUUGGAAUGCAAGUGCAGCUGUGUGGGUGACGUUAACCCCUGUGGAUUCCUGCUGCACCGCCCAUGUGGGCCUGGCCGUUCCAUCAGCUGCACAAGAUCUCACGAGAAAUGCACAUGCAAAUGCGUGGCAGAAACAACUGCUCCAAGUCCGUGACCACUUGUUUAAUAAAAGGUGUCUCGCCAGAUGUAACAGAAAUGCAGUCGUUGUGUUUUAUACUCUGCUGUUGACAGUGCCUGCUACCAGCAUAGUGUGCAUUUUCUUCUGAAAUAACAAACAUACU